UGCCAUCUUCGAAGACUAUGGUGAUGUGUUUGCAAUCGUCACUCCAGCGAGCUGUGAACUAUUCAUUGCCGAUUCAAUGGCCGCCAAACAGAUUCUUACGCGGAAGAAAGACUUCCCUAAGCCCCUUGAUUUGACAAGAAAGCUUCAAAUAUUUGGGAAAAGCUUGGCUACUGUCGAUGGUACCGACUGGAGCCGUCAUAGCCGAUGUACCACCGUAGCAUUCUCGGAGACGAUACAUGAAGCAGUUUGGAAGACAUCGUGCUCUGAGGCAUCCGAAGCAUUGAGAUACUUCAUGUCACAAGACUUUGUCUCUAGCACCCAUCCUACCAUGAUACGACUAAGCUUUGCAGUUCUUCUCAAGGCGUGUCUUGGGAUGGACAACGACAAUGACAGCACAGACACGGGCAGUCCAAUCACCCAUGCAGCAAAAGUGCAUCUGGAAACGUUUUUCAAUAUGAUUACGAGGAUUCCUGAUAUCCAAAAAGGCGGCAAAAAGUCACUUGCCUCCUUUUAUGCAAGUCACCAAGGAAUGAAGUCAUUCAUACAAAGCUUGGUGAAUUAUCGAAGACGCUACCCGUCAUCAAAGACAGAUCUUCUUUCCUCUAUGCUAAGCUCAUACGAUGCGCAAAUUCUAUCUGACGAGGAGAUAGAAGGGAAUCUGUUUCUUUUCAUGUUCGCCGGCCAUGAGACCACCGCCAAUACGCUCGUCUACAUUAUCUACCUUCUGGCAAUUUUCCCAGACUGGCAGACCUGGGCCAUCCACGAGAUUGACGAAAUAUUCUCUGGUAUGCCGUUGGAGGAUGGAAUCACCUACCAGAGUAUAUUUAAUCGGUUGACUCGGGUAAAGGCAAUUAUGUACGAAACACUCCGACUCUAUGGCCCCGUUGUUAAUAUUCUCCGAAGGGCAUCCCAAGAUCAAGACCAGAUCAUUACAAGCUGUGACGGAUCAGCGAUUUCAAUCCCGGGAAAUACUCUGGUCAAUAUUCAUACGCCAGCAUUACACACACAUCCAGGUUACUGGGGCACAGAUGCUCUUUCGUGGAGGCCAGACCGAUGGUUAGGUAAUGAGAAUAUUGACAGUGAUAAAGUCGACCAUCUUUUCGCAUGGGCCGAAGCAAUUCCAAGUCCAAUCCCCCAGGAUAUCAUCCCUCAAUCUGCAAUUUCGGGUGACUCCUUGAACAUUUAUGACUUGCUAGCCAUCAUCGUUCAGUUCAACGAAGUAGACCCCGGUACUGCACUUUGUGUGCCCACUGGAGGUCUGCUUCAGCGUUCCUGGUCGCGAUCAAGUGGCGAAACGGCCGCACUACAGGCUGCUGUCUUCGGCCCUUCGGGGGCUUCGCUUUGUGACGGGUACGGAGACUGGUCUUCCUCCUUCCUAGAGGUGCUCCAUGAAUGGGAUCAAGAUGAGCAUAUCACUGGCGGCAUAUCAGUGUGGAGUUCAACUGUGAAUGGACAAACAUUCAGCGUGCAAUUCUCCUUUGCGAAACAUCUUUCAUCACUCUCCGGACGAGACCUGGGCAAUUCCACGCCAAAAUAUGACGGAUCCGUUUAUAAUCCAUUACCACUGUUCCAUAUUGGCCAGGGAGACACAAGUUACAACGGGACUGUGGAAGAUAUGGCGAAGGCCGUACGUCUCGGUGACCUUGGCUUUGUUAACCCUGAUACUAUGGUAGAGAAGCUUAAUGAGAGAGAUCUCAUUCCACGGGCGAUCUCAUGUGGUGGUUUGACCUACAGAAGGAGUGAUGCAGUGGCCACCUGCAAUUGCAAUGGCAAUACGUAUACUAUUACAUGCACAACCUACCCCUCCCGUUAUCAAGGCUGGACAAAAUCUCUCAUGGAUAAAGCUCUUAAUAGUCUCGUUAAAACUAUCUCUGCCAAUACCCCAGCGGCUGGUGCCUACAUCACAUCGAAUCCAAAGGGUGCAGUUCUGACAAAUGGGUGGACACCGGCCAGAAAUUUCUUGGAUGCCCCCAGUCUAGCGGCAGAUUGCUGCAAAUCAGGAAUCCAACUGCUUCGAUCACAGCUGGAUCAAUACGAAAUUCCAGCCAUGUGUGAUUGUUCGAAACCUGGCAACGAUCAAGACUGGCUGCUUUCUACUGGCGGCACUAUUGCAUCUGACAAUCCCCUGUAUUAA